AUCUCCCAAAAUCAUCUCCCUUUUUCCUCCUCUUAUCUCUUCCUCUGUCCUAAAACCAGCGACCCUUUCUACAGGCCAACGUGGGCGGUCCCAUUUAAUGUCAUUUGAUACGUUCCCCUGACAAGGUCUUUUUUUGCACUUAUCGAGGGAACUACAAGCGUGGGUUGAGAUCUCUCUUCUACUUGGGUGCCUCACCAUCCUCCAUUCCCUCUAAAAUAUUCAUGCAUGUACCCAUGUAAACUAAAAAGACCACUACCACAGAGAGCACAACAUCUAGAGAUCGAUGGCCAGCUUCUCCCUUCCACUCCUUGUUCUUUUGUUGGUGGUGACCUCGAUACCAACUCUACUGGCCUCUGGCCGAUACUUGGAAGAUAUGGAUGUCCUUCUGGAGGUCAAGAAGUCUUUCCUGGAGGACCCGUACGGAGUGCUUGAAAGCUGGAGUGCGGACAACCCGGUGUUCUGCUCCUGGACCGGGGUUGCUUGCGACCCUGGCUCGGCCGUGGUGGGCCUCAACCUCUCCGCCGCGUUGCUGGCCGGUCGGGUGUCGCCCGCGCUCGGCCGGCUCGGCCGCCUCCAGGCCCUCGACCUCUCCACCAACCGGUUGGCCGGCUCCAUUCCGGUUCAGCUCGCCAACCUUUCCGACCUUGCCUCUCUCCUCCUCUACUCCAACCUUCUCUCAGGUCCGAUUCCUCCUUCCCUGGGCUCGCUCAGCGCCCUCCGAGUUCUCCGGCUCGGCGACAACCCGGGCCUCUCGGGACCGAUUCCGGACUCGCUUGGAAACCUCCGCAACCUCACCACCCUCGCCCUGGCCGCCUGCAAUCUCACCGGUUCGAUGCCGCGUCGACUCGGCGAGCUGUCUCAUCUCGAGAACCUAUACCUCCGGGUGAACCAACUCACCGGCUCAAUCCCGCCGGAGCUCGGACGGUUGGCGAGCCUCCAGAUCAUCAACCUGGCAAACAACUCGCUCCAGGGGGCGAUACCGAGUCAACUUGGCGAGCUGAAUCAACUCGUCUACCUCAACUUUAUGGGCAACCAGCUGCAGGGACCGAUCCCCAAGUCUCUGGGCAAACUCGCCAGCCUCCAAACGCUCGACUUGUCCGGCAACAAGCUCCAAGGCGAGAUUCCGGACGAGCUGGAGGAAUUGGGUGAGAUCAGUUUCCUAGUCUUGUCCGAAAACAAUCUCUCCGGCCGGCUGCCAAGAAACCUCUGCCGGGAUGCGCCAAAUCUGCAGCACUUGCUUCUAUCCACCAACAACUUCUCCGGCAGAAUUCCCGCAGGUUUGGCGCAAUGCCGAUCUUUAAUGCAGCUGGACUUGGCCAACAACAGCCUCACCGGCGCAAUCCCGGUCGAAUUCGGCGAGCUCUCCAAUCUGACAGAUCUAUUGCUGAACAACAAUAGCUUGUCAGGUUCCAUUCCUCGCACCUUGUGGAACUUGACCAACCUUCAGACAUUGACUCUCUACCACAAUGACUUGGUAGGCGAGUUGCCAGAGGAGAUUGGCAAACUCGGGAAGCUGGAAGUUCUUUAUUUGUAUGAGAAUCAGUUGUCCGGCGAGAUCCCGUCGGCGAUCGGCAAUUGCUCGAGCUUGCAAAUGAUCGACUUCUAUGGGAAUCAGUUCACUGGCAGCAUCCCGGUUACGGUCGGGCGGCUGAAGCAGCUUAGCUUGCUGGACCUUCGGCAGAAUGGACUGUCGGGAGCAAUCCCAGCAACGCUGGGGAAUUGCCAGCAGCUCACAAUUCUGGACUUGGCAGAUAACCAGCUUUCCGGCCGAAUUCCGGCAACCUUUGGGUUCUUGCAAUCUCUCGAGCAGUUCAUGCUGUACAAUAAUUCACUCGAAGGUAGCAUCCCUGAUGAGAUGUUCAAUUGCCGGAACAUCACCAGAGUGAAUCUAUCCAACAACAGACUCAAUGGGAGCAUUCUUCCACUCUGCGGUUCGAGCUCUCUACUUUCAUUUGAUCUAACUAACAAUUCAUUCAAUUUUGAGGUUCCUGCGCAAUUAGGUAACUCACCGAUGCUUGAAAGGAUUCGACUUGGGAGCAAUAGAUUGGUUGGCGAAAUUCCUCCAAUGCUUGGAGAGAUAGAAGCUCUCUCACUUCUAGAUCUCUCGAGCAAUUCGCUGACCGGGGAAAUACCCAAGGAGCUGGCAUCAUGCAGGAACCUAAGCCACAUUGUUCUGAACGACAAUCAUCUAAGUGGCGCCAUUCCAUCAUGGAUUGGGAGCUUGCCUCAACUCGGGGAGCUCAGAGUCUCUUCCAAUGGUUUCUCAGGUUCACUUCCGGUAGAACUCUUCAACUGUUCCAAUCUAUUGAAGCUGUCUCUUGAUGAUAACCUCCUGAAUGGCUCACUCCCUUAUCAAAUUGGCGACCUUGUUUCCCUCAAUGUCCUUGACCUUGCCCAUAACCAGUUCUCUGGACCAAUCCCUGCUUCCAUUGGAAAGCUAAGCAUGCUUUACGAGCUCCGUCUUUCCCAGAAUCUUUUCUCGGAGAAUAUUCCUGUUGAGCUCGGACAACUGCAGGAGCUACAGAGCAUACUAGACCUCAGCUUCAACAGCCUGACAGGAGAGAUACCAUCGUCUCUCAAAUCUCUUUCUAAGCUCGAAGAGCUGAACCUCUCUCACAAUUUGCUAACCGGGGAAGUCCCUCGCCAAAUUGGCGAAAUGAGCAGCUUGGUGAAGCUUGACCUCUCCUACAACAGGCUUCGAGGCAGACUGGAUGAACAAUUCUCUCGCUGGCCACCGCAGUGUUUCGUUGCCAAUCUCGCUCUCUGUGGAAGCCCCCUCCAACCAUGUGCUCCUUCCAACUCCACCCCUCACCGCUCGACUCUAAAUUCUGUAUCCAUAGCUCUGGUCUCUGCCUCGGUGACGCUCGUCGUCGUCAUCCUCCUCAUCGCCCUGGCGAUAUCAAUCAGGCGGCAUCACUUGAGAAGGUCAUCAAGCGAAGUCAAUUGCGCCGACUCCUCCAAGAGCUCUUCGCAGAUCCACAGGCAUUUGUCGAUUCUGAAGCGCUCCGCGAGGCGGGAAUUCAAAUGGGAAGCCAUAAUGGAAGCCACAAGCAAUCUAAGUGAUGAGUUCGUGAUUGGCUCAGGGGGGUCGGGCACUGUCUAUAAAGCUGAAUUGCCCAGCGGCGAGAUCCUGGCGGUAAAGAAGAUUGUACGCAAGGACAGGGAUCUUUUCUCGCAGGAUAAGAGCUUUGCAAGGGAGGUGAAGAUUCUGAGCGGGGUCAGGCACCGGCAUCUGGUGAAGCUGCUAGGAUUUCUAAGCAACAACAAAGGUGAGCAUCUGCUGAUAUAUGACUACAUGGAGAAUGGCAGCGUGUGGGAUUGGCUGCACCGGCCGGUGGUGAGUCAGAAGAAGAAGAGGGAGCUCAACUGGGAGAGGAGGUUAAAGAUUGCCAUUGGGCUUGCCAAGGGAGUGGAGUAUCUACACCAUGACUGUGUGCCGAAGAUCAUCCAUAGAGACAUCAAGACGAGCAAUGCACUGCUCGAUGGAAACAUGGAGGCCCACCUAGGAGACUUUGGACUGGCAAAGGUGGUCGCUGAGAGCCACCGGGCCGACUCGAAAGGGGGCACCGAGUCAGGCUCUUGGUUUGCUGGCUCCUAUGGGUACAUAGCUCCAGAGUAUGCUUACUCCAUGAAAGCUACCGAGAAGAGUGAUAUUUACAGCAUGGGUAUAGUAUUGAUGGAGCUUGUGAGUGGGCUUAUGCCUACAGACAGCACCUUUGAAGGAGAUAUGGACAUGGUGAAGUGGGUGCAGUCUCGGAUUGGGUUGCCGACCUCAGGGCGUGAGGAGCUGCUGGACCCUUCUUUAAAGCCUCUGGCACCAUAUGAGGAGUCAUCCAUGUUCGAGCUGCUCGACGUGGCCUUGCAGUGCACCAGGACUACUCCUGCGGAGCGGCCUACUUCAAGACAGGUUUCUGAUCUUCUGCUCCAUGUUUCUCUAAAGAUCAACAGGGUGGAUUGUGGAAGGAAGAUUGCAGCGUAAACUUUUUGAUACUUAUGUUUGAUUCUCUCCAAAGAGAUAUUAGAGAGUGGUGCUUCUCCCCAAACAAUCUUUCUACAAUGUCCGCAUCUUGAAUGCAUUAACAUAGCAAGCCAGAGAGUAGAGAUAGAAGUAUUUAUUAUAUUUGCUCGUGACUUCCAAAUUCAAACUUGCACGCUCAAACUUCUCUGCCUCUUUCGAUUAUUGUAAUACAAUUUGUGCUGACAAUGCCAACUCACUAUUUUAAUA